GGCAACCGGCUGUGAUGCCGGAAGCUGAUGUGUGUAAACACCGCUCAGACGUUUUUAUUUAGCUAUUAGUUGACGUUUUUUAAUAGAUUAUACCUACACAAAGCUCUACAAUGAAAGACACGAGCUCAAAGAGACCCAAGAGCAAAGAGGCCAACAAAAAAAAGACCAAAGAUAAAAGUAAUGCAGAUAAUCUGCCCAAACCAGAAGAAGCAGCUGCGUCUGAACCUGGUCAUCCCGAAUACAUCUUCCCACUGGUCCUGACCUCGGUCUCGCAGGAGCUGUUCGGCUGUCGGGCAGAUGAGGACGUCACGGCAGAAAAUCCACACAAACUGCUGAAAAAACAAGACAUUAUUCAGGACCUCAGACACAGAGCAGCAGUGUGUGACUUCAGCCCUGUUAAACAGGCUGUACUGGAUUAUCCUGAAGACGAGCUCCUGCUGGUGUUUGACAGAGACUUCAUCUACGGUCAGAGCUUCUACCUGGUGCUCACAGUCCAGGCCAAGGAGAGCAUACUGAAGCCUCCAGCAGAGGGAGCUGAUGAGCAGAUGGAGGAUGAAGAACAGCAGGAGGAAGAGGAGGAGAUGAUGACGAAGACUCCAGAGCCUCAGCCGUGGGUGUCUCUGGGCAGUGAACGUUUAGUGUAUACUCCAUCAGCUGUUUUAAGUUCUGUCAUCUGUGUGCGUCAGCUCAGGUACAGUGUGUGUCCUCUGGGGCGGCGCUCUGGGACUCGUGUGCGCUUCUCUGACCGUAACGCUCUGGACUGGAAGGAGGAGCUGGUGGAGUGUUCAUCAUAUGAGGACAAGAGCUUCAGCAUCACACGCAUGGAGAGAGACAGCAGCACACAGACCUGCAGAGACAACACACACACCUGCACACAGACACUCUGGAAGAAGCCGAAGAACAUGUGGAGUCAGUACGAGCCGCGAGAGUUCAGCUCAGAGGAGAAACAGCAUCAGCUGCAGUCAGAAAACCUGAAGAACUUCAUCACGUCUGUGGCCAGGAGGUUUGAGAUCUACCUGCAGCAGAAUCUGAUCGCAGACGUGUUUUGUGACGACUGGACGGCGCUGUGUGAGGACGACGCUUCACUGAUGGGGAAAACAGAGACUCAGCUGAAGGAGUAUCAGUCCUUCAUGGACCUGCACUUCAGCAAAGAGAAAACCAUCAGCCAUGUGCAGUGGCAUCCCUCCAUCAGCGGAGUGAUUGUGGUGUCCAUGAUGGAGAGACUGUCUCUGGAGGAGCGCAUCGACAGCUCCACUAAACUCCUGCUCAACCCCUCACACAUCCUGUUCUGGAGCUUCUCUGACCCCAUCAACCCACAGCUGCAGCUGGAGUGUCCAGAUGAUGUUCUGUGUUUUCAGUUUUCUCCGUCUGACCACAACAUCAUCGCCGGCGGCUGCAUGAAUGGACAGGUAGUAUUAUGGGAUAUUUCAGCACAUGUGGAUCGACUGCAGGACACACGGAGCGGCGGCAAAAACAUCCUAAACAAACUAGGCAAAAGCGAUGCGACUCCAGUGGUCCGCUACUGUGCUGUAUCUGGAAUAGAGAACGGACACAAAGCCCCAAUCACAGAUAUCCAGUGGCUGCCGGAAACCUUUGAGGUCAACAAAUUAGGGACUCCAGUGGAGAAUCAGAGCCGGACAUCAGUUCAGCUGGUCACGUGUGCUCCUGACUGCUGUGUGUUAUUCUGGGAUCUUCGGGCUCCUCGAGUCAUGGUUCAUUCCCUCACAGACAUCAAACAGAAACAAGAGGAAAAGCCUCUGGAAAACCCUCACGGCGUGCCCAAUACAUUCACACACCUCAACCUGACCUGGAAACCCUUCAUCAGAGUCUCUUUACCAAAGAUCAGCUCGAGCGGUGAAUACAGUCCUCUGAGGUUCAGCAUGAGGGAGAAUACAGUAGACUACAAUACAGGUGAUAAGUCUGUGAGCGGAGCAGACAGUCGUGUAUUCGCUCAGCUCCGCAUGCAGUCGGCCAAACAGCAGAAACCCCUACAGAACAUCAGCACUAAACUCUACAUCGCGACCGAGGAUGGAGAACUGGUUUACACCGACUGGAAGGUGGAGAAAGACAACGACUCAGGACGAAUGCUGAGUGCCAAACCGCUGGAUGUGUUCCUCCUGCAGGACACUCUGCUCCACACCGUCAGCAGAUCUCCAUUCUUCAGAGAUAUCAUCCUGACUGUCGGCAGAUUCAGCUUCUCCAUCUGGAGAGAAGGACUCACCUGUGGGCCGCUGCUGAUGUCGGUGUACUCUAAGUCGAUGUUCUCGGCGGGUCACUGGUCUCGGUCGCGGCCCGCUGUGCUCUUCAUGGGGAGGGAGGAUGGAGAUGUGGAGGUGUGGGACCUGCUGCAGAACAGCCGACAGCCUUCACACACACAGAACAUCAGCACUGCCGCCAUCAGCUGCAUACGCACACAGACCAGCUCCGGUAACACACACCCAUACACAGAAACACUGCACACACACACACACACACAGCCGCCAUCAGCUGCAUACGCACACAGACCAGCUCCGGUAACACACACGCAUACACACAAACACUGCACACAUACACACACACACACACACACACACACACACACACACAGCCGCCAUCAGCUGCAUACGCACACAGACCAGCUCCGUGUUUUGGAGGAGCGAGUGAGGGAAGCCAAACAGAAUCUUCUGGCGGUGUCGGACCGUCUCGGCACCCUGCACAUCCUGCAGAUCCCGGGGAGCCUGCGCAGAUCCUCCAGCAGCGAGAGGCAGAAUGUGGAGAAGUACUUCGAGAAGGAAGAAGAGCGGCUGCAGUACUUCGAGAAACGACAGAGCGAUCACCAAAAGAAGAAGAAGGAGACGGAAGCUGAACAGCAGAAGAAGAAGACGGAGCUGGUGACUCCUCCAAAACAGGAAGAGGAAGUGAACGCGGAAACACUGAAGGAAUACCAGCAGUUUCUGACUCUGGAGAAGCUCAUUCUGAAGGACAUGAACAUCCAGAACGAGACACAGCAGACCUGUAACACCAUAAACACACCAUAAACACACACACACACACACACACACACACACACACACACACACACACACACACACA